AGGAAAGAGAAAAAAAGAGAGGAUGGAUCGAAGCUGAGAGAGAGGUCAUGAAUGAUGAUGAUGACCGGUGCUCUUUUCAGCUUUUAGGCUGGAAAUGGGAGACCACCAACCAACCAGUCACAACUUUCAACAUUCAUUCAUCCCCUGUUUCUGUUCUUUUAAGAUUUCCGAGCAAUACUUUAAUUCCAUACCACUAAAAGUCAGUGGUUUCAAUAGACAGGAAACAGGGAAAAAGUACGAAACUUCAGAGAGAGUCCAAGACAUGGCAUUACGGCUGCUCCUCUGUACUGGUCUCGGAACCACGCGCUGAAAUGUUCUAGGACAACGGGUCUCCGAGGAUUCGAUCUUUCUUCGGAAAUGGGUUCGUCUGACCGAUUGUUCAACAGGCAGAGAACUGUCCAUGAGGUGCUUGGCGGAGGUCUUGUUGCGGAUGUUAUAUUAUGGAGGAGGAACAAAUUGACAUGGGGGAUACUGGUAGUGACUCUAGCUGCUUGGGUUGUGUUUGAAAUAUCUGGAUAUACUCUAUUAUCGCUAUCCUCCAGUGUUCUGCUCCUACUCACCACUAUUCUCUUUCUUUGGGCCAAAUCUGCAGCCAUACUCAAUAGACCUUCUCCACCCCUACCAGAGAUGCACAUAUCAGAAGAUAUGAUGAACGAUGUGGCAGCUUUUGCCCGAACUCAUAUAAAUGCUCUGCUCUUGGCUUUCCAAGAUGUUGCCUUGGGUAAAGAUACGUGGAUGUAUUUUAAAGUCGCUAUAUCCUUGUUGCUGAUUUCCAUAGUUGGCAGCUUAACUGAUUUCCUCACAUUGGGAUACACUAGCCUUGUUGUCAUCCUCACGGUUCCAGCUCUCUACGAGAAGUAUGAAGAACAUUUUGAUAAGUACGUCAUGGCAUGUUAUGGCAGUGCCGUGCAGUUUUACUCAAAAUUAUCUGAAGGUUAUAUCAGCAAAGUUCAGCAAUGGAUUGCAGAGCAGAAAAAACUGAGUUGAUGUCCUACAUCUCUCGCCUUUAUUCCCGUUAGAUGUGUCUUCUCUGUAACCACUGUAUCUUCCUUUUCUGUCUCUCUGUCUCCCAUUCCAUUCCAUUUUUCCAAGAUGCUGGGGUGGACAGGAUUAUUAGUGAGUUUUGAGUGCUUUUUUUUUUUUCCCUUUCUCUAUAUGCCUAUUUUUUUGUCAAUAUGUUUCGUUUAUCGAGUUUUAGUCUGGAGCUUCAGGGUUAUGAGGAGUCUGUCUUCCAACAGUAGCUUUCAGCUGGGGCAAAAAUGUUGUGUUGAGUAUCUGGAGAGAAUCCUUCUUGUUAGCGGAACAAAUGAAAAAGGAAACUUGUAUGUACUUACGAUUUGUACAGAUUUUAAUUUCUUUUGGGGCUAGGCUUGAAGUAUGAUACACAUUCGUGCCUCUCUUACUCUUAAUGCGUUAUCUGACUGACCAAA